AUGCCUGGCAUGAAAGUAGAAUCUAUCAAGAAUGCAGCAGCGAUUGCGGCCUUCAACACGAUGUCGACGUACACAUCCAACAUGACAGGUCGUAUUCCAGGCAAACUUGAUGGGACAUGGGGGGAGGGCGGUGCCUUAUUCCAGACGAUGAUCGAAUAUUGGCAUUUUACUGGCGACGCUUCCAACAAUAAGGCUACCUAUUCCGACUGGGCGGAGAAGAUCUGGAGUGCCAGUGUUCCGAUUUUGAACACCACCAAUUGGAGGAUUGUCGAUGGGUUAAAAGCUGAUUGCAAGUCACACCAGGAUAUGCAAUGGACUCAUAACUACCAUAUCUCAAUAAAUGGGGAAAUAUCCAAAUGGAAUUCAGGAAUCGAUGGUCUCCUCAACACAAGCUUCAAGCUCUUCUUCCCACAGAGCUACGGUGGCAAAAUCAUGACAGAGACCAGCUGCGAGAUUACCAAAACUUGCAACCGAUAUCAAUAG